AUGGCGGCCCCUCUGCUGGAGUUUGAGACCGAGAUGUUUCUGGCUCUGUUCGGAUCGGACGGGCUGCUGGUGGUGGCGGAGGGCAUGGGCAUCGACCGCAUCCUGCUGCACUUCAUGCGGGUUUACUCCGAGGAGGGCAGCCUGGUUCUGCUGCUCAACACGACCACUGCCGAACAGGAGUAUCUUACGGAGCAGUUGCGGCUUGAGGGAGUGACCCACCUGCCCAGGACCGUCACCAGUGACGUCCAGAACACGGAGCGCUACCAGGUCUACACGCAGGGUGGCGUCCUCUUCGUCACCAGCAGGAUCUUGGUCGUUGAUUUUCUCACCGAUCGCAUCCCGGCUCAUCUCAUAUCAGGCAUCCUGGUUUUCCGGGCCCAUAAGAUAAUCGAUUCGUGCCAGGAGGCCUUCAUCCUGCGUCUGUUCCGGCAGAAAAACAAGACAGGCUUCAUUAAGGCCUUCACUGACAAAGCCAGUGCCUUCUCCUCCGGCUUCUGCCAGGUGGAGCGUGUCAUGAGGAACCUGUUUGUUAAGAAGCUCUUCCUGUGGCCCAGGUUCCAGGCGUCGGUAAACAGCGUUUUGGACAGACACAAGCCGGAGGUGGUGGAGCUCCUUGUGUCGUUGACGCCGGCCAUGAGGGCCAUCGAGAGCUCCAUCCUGGAAAUAAUGGGCGCCUGCCUGAAGGAGCUGAAGCGCUACAACCCGACGCUGGAAGCCGAGGACCUGUCGCUGGAGAACACACUGGGCAGUGCCUUUGAGAAGACCAUCCGUCACUACCUGGACCCCCUGUGGCACCAGCUGGGGGCCAAGACGAAAGCCCUGGUCCAGGACCUGAAGGUGCUGCGGGUCCUGUUGCUCUAUCUCACCCAGUACGACUGCGUCACCUUCCUCAACCUCCUUGAGUCGCUGCGGUCCAGCCAGAAAAACUUCGGCUGCAACUCCGCGUGGCUGUUCCUGGACUCCAGCACCUCCAUGUUUGUGAACGCCAGGAGCCGAGUGUACCGCGUCGCCGAGAGCAGGAAGAAGAGGAAAAUGGCAACUGAGUCUGGGAAGCAGCCUGUGUCUGCCACAGAGCGGGAGCUAGUGCUGGAGAAGAGUCCUAAAUGGGAGGCCCUGACGGAGGUGCUUCAGGAGAUAGAGAAGGAGAACAAGGCCUCUCCGCUUGAACCAGGUCGAGUGUUGAUCUGUGCCAGCGACGACCGGACGUGUGCUCAGCUCCAGCAGUACAUACGUAAUGGGUCCGACUGGCUCCUCAACCGACUGUAUACUCGCACUAUCAGCAAACGGGAUGCCGCUGCCACCGGAGUAGGAGGAGCAGCUUUGGGACUUGAACCAAACAAGCAUGGCCACAAAAGUUGGGCGAAGAAGCGACCUGAGAAAGGGGCCAAGGGGAGGAAGGACACUCAGCAGACAACUAAACAGACCUCCAAAUGUAAGAACAGACCAUCUCUCACCCUGACUCAGAUGGUGGGGAACGACAAGAAGGAGGAAGCAGACGGGAUGGGCAGCAGUGGAGAUGAAGAUGGAGUGAUGGAGGAAGACGAGGGUGAGGAGGAAGAGCCAGUGAAACUGGAUUUGUCGUCGGACGCCUACUACGGUGUCCUGAAGGAGCCGCUGACCGUUCUUCACCCGCUGAAGGGCUGCAGCGACCCCUACAGCCUGACACGGGUACUGCAUGAGGUGGAGCCAAGUUUUGUUGUGCUGUAUGAUGCCGAGCCCAGCUUUGUCCGCCAGCUGGAGAUCUACAAAGCCAGCCGGCCCGGGAAGCCGCUCAGGGUGUACUUCCUCAUCUAUAGAGGCUCCACUGAGGAACAGAAGUAUUUGACCACGCUUUCUAAGGAGAAGAAAGCCUUCGAACAUCUCAUCAGGGAAAAGGCCACAAUGGUUGUCCCAGAGGAGAGAGAGGGGCGAGAGGACACCAACCUGGACCUGGCCAGAGGUCUGGAGCCCGCCAACGCCACCGUCAACACCCGCAAAGCAGGCGGCCAGGAACAGCCCAAAGAGCCUAUGCGGGUAGUCGUGGACAUGCGAGAGUUUCGCAGUGAGCUCCCCUCAUUGCUCCACCGGCGAGGCCUCGACAUCGAACCUGUCACCCUGGAAGUCGGCGAUUAUAUCCUGACCUCCGAGACCUGUGUGGAACGCAAAAGUGUCAGUGACCUGAUUGGGUCGCUGCAAAGCGGCCGCCUCUAUACCCAGUGCCUGUCCAUGACAAGGUACUACAGGAAGCCCGUGCUGCUCAUUGAGUUUGACCCGGCUAAACCCUUUUCCUUGGUGGCCCGGUCGGCUUUCCGUCAGGAGAUUUCGGCCAAUGAUGUCACCUCAAAGCUCACCCUCCUCACCCUGCACUUCCCCCGGCUCCGUAUUCUCUGGUGCCCCUCCCCCCACGUCACAGCCGAGCUUUUCGAGGAACUGAAGCGGGGCCGUCCUGAACCGGAUGCGGCGGCAGCACAGGCCAUCACAGCUGAAUCGGACACGGUGGCCGAAUCCGCUGACCUCUACAACCCCGGGCCAUAUGACUUCCUGUUAAAAAUGCCCGGAGUCAACGCAAAGAACUACAGGGCUCUGGUAAACAAUGCUGACAGCCUGGCAGACCUGGCAAAAUUUAGCCAGGACAAGUUAGCACAGAUACUUGGAAAUCUGAGCAAUGCUAAGAAGCUCUUUGAAUUUCUGCAUAAUGUUUCUGACGUCCCUGCCCCUGUCCAAAAGGGAAGGCCGGUGCCACAGACAUGAAAGUGGUGAUUUGGACUCUUUUCCCAUCUGGAUUGGCUUUGCUUGGUGUAACUUGGUGAAAGCUCCCUUGGUGUGGAGUCCACUGACUUGACAGGCGUCUCCUCACUCGCAGCAGAUAUGAACAAUUUUAAUUAUUUUUUUGUACAGAAUUAAUCGCAAAACUAUUUUGCAUUUGUGAAACUGUAGGCCUCAUUUGCAUGUUGUGAAAGUUUAAAAUCAGCUUAAUGUUAAACAAUGAAAUAUUUUUGUCGUAGUAAAAAAAAUUUUUAGGAAUAAAGUAUUUAAGAAUAACCUGGAGGUUCCUUUUGGUAAUUAUCUUUAAUUCUGAAGAAUAAGAAUUAAUUAUAUACUCAUCUGUUAAAAAUGACUCGAAGAAGAAACCUUUCAGUCACACCAGAGCCCAGUGAAAGCAAAUCUACUCCUCCAUAUAGCAAAGACAACAGAAUGAGCUCAUCUGGACACAAAUAGUAAUCACAUAAACACA